AUGUCAGAGGAAGAGUAUGCGACAGUUGAGAAGAGCCUUACUAGGAAGUUGGAUCUAACCCUGAUUCCGGUUGUCUGGGUUCUCUAUCUUUUCAAUUAUCUCGACAGAAACAACAUUGCUCAAGCUCGCCUAAGCACAUUUGAGAAAGACCUUGGCCUUGUCGGCAGCCAGUUCAACGUUGCCGUAUCUAUUUUGAACAUUGGAUACAUGCUUAUGCAACUCCCAAGUAACAUGCUCCUAACCCGUACUCGUCCCUCGCUCUAUAUCCCUGCAUGGACUGCGCUCUGGUCCGUCAUAUCAGCGGCUACUGCUGGAGCAGGCAACUAUACACAUCUCCUCGUCAUUCGAUUCUUCCUCGGUAUUGCAGAAGCACCCUUCUUCCCAGGUGCCAUGUAUCUCCUUAGCUGCUGGUAUCCACGGAAAGAACUGGCAUUCCGCACUGCCAUUCUAUACUCUGGAGUUCUCCUUGCGACGGCCUUCUCUGGACUCAUCGCAGCCGGUGUACUUUCCGGGCUCGAGGGUGCCAGAGGUAUUGCGGGUUGGCAGUGGCUCUUCAUCAUAGAAGGCGCAGGCAGCUUUGUAGCGGCAAUAAUAGGCGCGAUCCUACUUCCAGACUUCCCAGGGCAGAAGUCUGGUGUGGCAAAGUGGCUCCUGACUGAUAAAGAGCAAAUGGUUGCAGUGGAACGUAUCAAGAGGGAUAGAGUCUCCCUGCCAGAUGCCGACUCUAGCGUGUGGAAUGGACUCAAACUCGCUGUUAAAGACAUUCGUACAUGGGUUUUCGUUGCUAUGUUAACGGCGAACCACAGCGCCUAUGGCUUCAACAAUUUCUUUCCCACCAUCGUCAAAGGCUUCCAGCUAGGCAGUAACACCUUGACGCUUAUUCUAACUGCACCGCCAUACUUAGUCGCCACUGUUGUUGCGUUCCUCACUGCAUACUCCUCGGAUCGUCGCAAAGAGCGCGGUUUCCACAUCUCAGUACCCCAGGCCGUAGCCUGCAUCGGCUUCAUCAUAUCUGUUUCGACCAUCAACAAUGCGGCGCGCUAUGCUGCUGCCUUCUUAUACAUCUGUGGCUGCUUCUCUAGUAAUGCGAUGGUAUUCAGCUGGGCGAGCUCGACACUAAACCAAACUCCUGAAAAGAGAGCAUGUGCGACGGCAAUUAUCAACCUGCUCAGUCAGUUGGGAAACAUAUGGAGUCCCUAUUUCUUUCCGUCAGGGGAUAGUCCACGAUAUCUUAUGGCGAAUCUGCUGAUGAUGGCGUCAUCAGCAUUCAGUAUCGUCACUUGCGCGAUUAUGAAAGUCAUGCUUACAAGAGCGAACAAGAAGUUGAAGGCGGAAGGACAAGACAGUAACCUUUUUACUUUGUAG